AAGCAGCCGCCUUAAAACAAACGAGUGUGCAGCUACGCGCCAUCCAUUCGUCAUUUCGUCUCGGAGCUCCUGUUCUGCAGCCGCUGUGAAACAAGAGCUUUUGCUAGGUGUCACCCCCCAAGUUUCAAACAAGCUUUGCUCUCAGCUACGCGCGCGACGACCGCGUCGAUCGGCAGCCACCGACUCAAAACCAGCCGCCGACCAUGCUCGCAAGCUUGCUCGUGCUCCCGGCCACGCUACUCUGCACCACGCACGCCUUCCAGCCGCCGCAAAAACGACGCCUACCCACGACACGACGUCUUGCCCCGGAGGAGGCCUCCGUCGCCGUGCAGGCGUACGCCGACAAGGCCGCGUCCGCCAUCGCGGCCGCCGUCGCGGGCGCCGACGCGUCCCUCUUGGCAUCCACAGGAUUCACGCUGGCCCAGGCCGGGAUUGUGGUGGCGGCCGCGGCGCUCGGCGCCGCUGCGAUGCGCUUAUUCAACCGCGAGGAGCGGAAAGAAAUGAAAACCACGCGCGACGAGGCCGUCGCGAAAGCUGAAGAACUAGAAGCGCGCGUCCAGAAGGUCGAAAGCGACUUCUUCGAGGCCGACGCGCAGUUCGAGGCGCGCACGGACGCCCUCAAAAAGGAAUACGAAACAACUUUGAAAGUCCGAACGGACGUCCUGGAGCAGGAACUCCGCCGAGAGAAGGAGAGCGCCAUCCGGGCCCUCGAGGAGGCCCAGAAGCUCCAGCUCGAGGAGAUGCGCGGCUACUUCGCCGAGGAGACCGCCGAGAUGAAAGUAGCACGGGAAAAGGCCGAGCGCGAGAAGCAAAUCGCGCGGCAGCGGGCCGCGGAGGCGGCCGCGAAGGCCGAGGCCGAACGGGCCGCGCGGGCAAAGCGCAUGUUCUAA